GACAUACAGGAGCUGGCGUCCAAGCGCGUGGACAUCCAGAAGAAGCGCUUCUACCUGGACGUGAAGCAGAGCACCCGCGGACGCUUCCUGAAGAUCGCCGAGGUGUGGAUCGGCCGAGGCCGGCACGACAACAUCCGCAAGAGCAAGCUCACCCUCUCCAUGUCCAUGGCGCCCGAUUUGCGCUACUGCCUGGGCGACUUCAUCGAUUAUUACGCGCACAUCGGGCUCCGAGGAUGCCAGGCGCCGGAGGAACAGAGCAACGGCCAGGGUUGCGCACCGGAGCCCCGCCGGAGAGCAGCGGAUCGGGCGGCGUCCCCUAGCGGCUCUGCCUUGUCCGAAGAGCAGACGCACCGGGUGCUGAAGAGCGAGUUCAUCGAGCGGGACAAUAGGAAGUACUACCUGGACCUGAAGGAGAACCAGCGCGGCCGGUUCCUGCGCAUCAGGCAGACCGUCAACCGAGGACACGGGAGCAUGGGUUACUACGGGCAGGGCAUCGAGCAGACCAUCGUGCUGCCCGCGCAAGGUCUCAUCGAGUUCAGAGAUGCGCUGUCUCAGCUCAUCGACGACUACGGUGAGGACGAGCCAGAGCGGGCCUGCGCGCGGAACCACGACGCGUCGCCCGAGCUGCCCGAGGCGGCGUCGUUCCGCGUCGACAACAAGCGCUUUUACUUCGACGUAGGCUCGAACCGCUUCGGCGUCUUUCUGAAGAUCAGCGAGGUCCGGCAGCCCUACCGGAACACUAUCACCGUACCGCUGAAAGCCUGGGCCCGCUUCGGGGAGAACUUCAUGCGGUACGAGGAGGAGAUGCGGCACAUCUUC